AAAAUCGACUAAAACAAGGUCAUACUCGACAAAUCUUUCUUUUGACUGAUGGAGAAAUAUCGAAUGUUAAUGAAGUACUCGAUCUUUGUCGUUCAAUAUCGAAUUUCACGCGAAUUUUUUCAUUCGGCUUGGGUCAUUCACCUAGUCAUUCGCUGAUUAAAGGUCUUGCACGUACAACUAAUGGUCGUUUUGUUUUUAUCCAUCCUAAUGAAAAUGUCGAUAUAUACAUUGGUGAUCAAUUACAAAAAGCUCUACAAUCUUGUAUAACUAAUAUUCAAGUAAAAUGGAAUAUAAAUACAACGGUGAUGCAUGCUUCGACAAAAUUACUACCGGUCUAUGCUAAUAAUCGCUUGAUUGUUUAUGCACUGGCUAAUGAUCAAACAUCAACUUUUGAUCCCAACUCUACGGUGGAAUUGUAUACAGAUCAAUGUUGA